UCCAGCAGAGUUUACAGAGUUUUUCUGCAAAUGCAAUAUGCAAAUUAAGUAGCUGAUCAAGAGCCAACCCCUAAUAAUAUCAGCCAUAAUUUGCUUAUUUCAAAAGUUGAUUAGUUUUUGCCUGUGGGGAGGUAUGGCCCGUCAAAACAUUCCCCCUCCACUCGACCCGCCGGCGCCGGUGGGCGUGGUUUAGUAGCAUCACGAGAGCGGCUCUUUGGAUUUCCGCUUCGUACAGUAUUGCGAAAGGAAAUUACUUACAAUGCGGAAAGGAGCAUGUCCUGAACACAGUCACCGAUAUUUUCUUCAUUCUUUCCGAGUAAUCUUCUCGCUUCCACAAUCUCGGCUGCGAUCUCAUGCCAGCGAGGAUUAUUUUUAAAUUGCCCGCAAGCGAAUAACAUCGCCAGUAGACCACUACUGCACAUGGCCGCGAAUUUAUAAAACACUUCAUAUGUCUUCUCAUUAUUAUUACUCGCGCGUUCGCACAAAUAUUUCUCACGUUUGAUUAUUGGAUUUGCUACUGACGCUACGAUUAUACAGUCACGUACAAUUUUGAAAAGCUGCGACAUCUUAUACAUUCACGAAUAUCACGGAAUAGGAAUGUUGCUCGAAGCGAUGGAAACAGUAAAAUACGUCGCAGCAGUUUUGAACACUCUUAUAUAACAUGGAUCUUCCAAAAUUUUGAGAAACCUCCACGAAUGCUUGUGUAAAUAAGGCGGGACUAACUAUACCAACGCUUUUCGGCAAUAUACUCGUCUAGUUUUAUCGCAGAAUUUGGUAUCUGUUAAAGGAUCACAUUAUUCCUGCUAUAAAGGAAUAAACCUUUUUCUUCUCAUAUCUAUAUCUCGCAUUCUCAGACGUGAAAAAUGCGAGUUCCGUGCGGUUCCCUUAAGGCCUAUACGAAAAACGUUUUGUAGAAUUGUCUGUUUAUCUAAAUUUAGAUGCGUGGAAGGAAAUAUAAUCAGUUUUGACUAGGAUAGGACUCCGGUUCACAAAAGAGAUGUAAAGGGCAUUUUCGCAUCCGCUGAUUCGGCAAAUAUAAUGCUUAUUCCUGCGAUAACACCCGUCGGAAUCUGCAGGGUUCGCGCAUUCCGUUCAGUCACAAAAGAAUAAAUCUUCUUUCUUCUCGUUUUUAUAAAUUCUCAGAUGUGAAAAAAUGUGCGCCAUUCCUCUGCGGCCUACACAAACGAUUUGUAGAAAUGUGUUUAUCUAAACAUAAAUUUAGAUGUAAGGAUGGACAAUAUAAUCGGUUUUGACUACAAUAGAGUCCGAUUGGAAAUUUUCGCAAAAAACCAUAAAAUGUAUUUUCCCAUCCACUGCUUCGACAAAUAUAACGCCUGCUCCCACGACAUCAUAAAACCUGUAGGAACACAUAUGCUCCGUUCUGAGAAAUUCUAGAACAUUCUAGGCUGAAUCAUUUAACAAAUAUUAAGAAAUAAAUUUAUUUGUUGUAUGCACACAGAACUACCCCUCCACUUUUCUUUUUCCUAUAAGAAGCCCAUUGGGCUGGGCCCAAACCAUUUGAGCUUCUUCAGUCUUAGUACUCGUUUCGUGCGACGAAGUAUAUUAGUUCUCGUGUUUUCACUUGUGGGUUAAUAAGUUCUUGUAAGAAACAUAAUGGCGAAUACUAACGCAAACGCAGAAUUUAAGAAGAUCGUAUGGUGACUCUGGGAAGGCUCGCUAUGAGAGCUAUAUGCUUCCUUGCAUUACUUAUCCCCUCAACACUUCGGAUACCAAGAGGAUGCAAAUCGGAUUGCGGGCAUCAAACGACGGGACAACGUUCGAGCCUACAAUAAAACUAUCUGGCAAUACCUCUACAGAGAUCCAGUUCGACUUCGCCACAUGGGAAAAGUUUAAGGAGUACAUGAAACACAUAGGUGAUUACUUGCACUCGGUAACCAGGGCCGUGCCGGAGCCCGUCCAUAUUAACGAUGUGACUAUUACCUUUUCCACGGCGUAUGGGGCAAGGGCGAUCAUAGUGACUGAAAAUACGAAAACGAUCGAGGUGAACACCGCAUCGAAGAGGAUGCCUACCGAUUCAUCUCAGGGACAGCAGCCGCCAACGAAGAAACGAAAUGUCUACACGGUAAACAUUGUGAUGCAGGCAACAUCUUUUGACGGGCUAGAACUUAUAACAAAAUGUAUUGACGCUCGAUGUGAACAACUGCAAACGUUUGCAAAACUUGUAAACGAUUGCGCUCGGUUUCUCGUAACGGAGAUAGAACUCAGGCUUCUCAAAAAAAACUUAGAUGAGGACAUCGUGAAAUAGACGCUCUUCGCAAACUAUCAGGAAAUCGAGCAAAAUGAACAUCGGCAAUUAAAAGAUUUAAUGUUUCUAGAUAUUUAUUUCCACAUU